AACACGGCGUUAUAAUUGCGUACGAUAUAAUUAUCGCACGCGAUUUUCACGUUUCCGUUUUGCGACAGAUUCGUUAAAUAAGUUCGCAUUUGAACGCUGCGAGUUCGUCUCGAAUAGAGUUUCUUCACCCGAAUUUACUACUGUAAAUCCUCAUCGUCAUAUCAUGCCGUGCCGCGAAGUCAGACCGACCGCCGUGCAACAUUAUCGCCAAUACGACGACGACGACAACAACGACAGCGACCAAGAUGACAACAACGACAACGACCACGACGACGACGGUUCGUCCGGAAAAACGACGGACUCUGACUCGAACUGUUCCGGACGCGACGAGACGGCUGCCGAGGUCCGCGCCUGCAGCAGAAGCAAAUGGCUGAAGACGCUGCGGACGGUUAUCGGCAAAAUGGAAGGCGGCGGCGGACGUCGGCCACGACAGGUCAAGACCAUACUCAGACCGCCUACCACGUACGUGUUUGUGAUCGGCAUGUCCGGACUGCCGUCAAAGGUGGCCGUUUACCCGAGAUGGACGUGAGAAGCCACAUCCGGAAGUUGGCGUCUACCAAAGCCGAUGUGAAGAUUUCAUGCGAUAAAUAUUAUUACGUAACAAUAAAUCAUAUAAUAACAUUAUGAAGUCGGAUACCUCGAUUAUUAUCAUACCGAUUAUAACGAUUUAUUUCUUUGAGAUUUUCAUCAUAUAUUAUUAUUGCUGUAAAAUUAAUGUUGUGACUGAAAAUAUUAAAUUAUUAUAAUGUGACCCUCCGACGUUUACGAUACCGUACAUUCAUCAAGCAUACUCAAUACUUACCUCCCCUUUUUUUUAAAUGACGCAGUUAUCCAAACUAGUAGUUUUUAAGUAUUUAACUUGUUUACUAAGGAUACUAGGUCCACAAUAAUGGGUUUGGAUAUGGGCCGCGGGGACUAUGACGAUUAAAACAUUUUAGUGAUUAAUAUCAAUG